AUGGCCGCCCUCAACGCCGGUCUCGAAUCGAUCUUCACCCCCGCGGCGCCGCUAGCGGACCGCACCUGGCUGCGCGUCGGCGGCCCGGCGGAGUGGCUCGUGCGACCCACGAGCGUCGAAGAGCUGCAAACCGUUGUCGGCCGCUGUCGCGACGCCUCGGCCCCGGCGCGCGUGCUCGGCGGUGGCUCGAACGUCCUAGUGCGGGAUGAGGGCGUCAAAGGCGUCGUCCUGCAACUCGACCACGAGGCCUUCGGCGGCGUCCGCAUCGACGGCACGAAGGCGAUCGUCGGCGGCGGGGCGUCGCUCGCCUCGGCGAUUAACGAGACCGUACGCGGGGGAUUAGCCGGACUAGACACCUUGGUCGGCAUCCCCGGCACGAUCGGCGCCGCACUGCACCACAACGCCGGCGGCCGCGGCGGCGACAUCGGCCAGUGGGUCGUCGAGGCGACCGUCCUCACCCGUAGCGGUCAGACCAUCACCCGUCGCCAAGAGGACAUGGUCUUUGGCUACCGUGAAAGCAGCCUCGACGAGUUGGCGAUCGUCGAAGCAGUGUUCGAGCUCGACUCCUCCGACCCGUCGGAGCUCACCAAGCGGAUGCAAAAGCAGUGGAUCGUCAGCAAGGCGGCCCAACCGAUGAGCCACGAACGCCGCGGGCAGAUCUUCCUCAACCCCCGCGGCAUGAGCGCCGGCAUGCUGAUCGAUCAGGCGGGCCUCAAGGGCGCGUCGGUCGGCGGCGCCACCGUUAGCGACAAGCACGCCAACUUCUUCGUUGCUAGCGACGGCGCCACAGCUGCCGACCUACUGAAGCUAGCGGACCUCGUAAGGCGCCUCGUGCUAGCUUGCCGUGAACCGCGUCCCACGGAGGGGACCGCCGUGCCUGAUCCGAACUCUGCGCCAUCGCGUCCAACCCCAUCUCGUCCGGCUGCCGACCCGCUCUGGAAACUCCAGGGCCGCCGCGGCUUGCUCGUUUCGUUCGCGGUUCUCGCCAUCUUCGGACUCGCCGCUCGUGGCGUGUGGGAGGUCUCCCGCUCGCAGGUCGCCCACAGCCCGCAAUACGUGCUGACGCCCUCCAGCGUAACGAUCACACCGCCGCCCGCCUGGGUCGGUAGCGAAGUCACCUCCGAGGUCUUCCGC